UGGCAUUCCGCCUACAUGCGGGAGCACAUCCACGGGGGAAAUAUAUUCAAAUUAACCAAAAUUUUCUUUCUUCCCAUUUUUUCCUCUAGCGUGCGCAUAUACUCAACGCAUUCAUCUAGGUGCCAUUCAUCGACCGUCGCAGUUGCAAAUCAAAGAAGUAUUGAAGACACAACAUGGCUGAAGCUUCAACCACCAUCAUUGUUCAGUUAUUUAUCGGUUGGGAAAUCCAGCUAUUGAUACUCCUGAGCUUCGCCUUGCAACUAUUUCUCUUCUUCUUUGGCGGCCUUCGGCGUCGCAACCACAAUGGGCUGCUUAGUCUCUUGUUAUGGUUGGCUUUCCUAUCAGCCGACUAUAUUGCAGUGUAUGCACUAGGCUACCUUUCGCGCCAUCUGCCUAACACCACCACAAACGAUGCUAAACUAAUUAGCCAAGCAAGGUCCAGCCAAAUGCAGCUCUUGUGGGCACCUUUCCUUCUUAUCCACCUUGGUGGACAAGACACCGUGACUGCUUUUUCCAUUGAGGACAAUGAGCUAUGGUUGAGACACCUGCUAAAUCUGCUAGUCCAAGUAUGCCUAGUUCUCCGUGUAUUGUGGAACUCGUUGGCAUAUGACCCACUUGUACUAGUCCUGACAAUCUUUUUGUUUGUCACCGGGAUCAUCAAGUAUGGGGAGAGGAUAUGGGCUCUUAAGUGCGGGAGUCAAAAGGCCCUCAAGAGCUCCAAUCGUAGCGAAGUAGUGAAGCAAUUACCUGAACAUCAAGAUGCAACCGAGCUAACAUAUCCAACAGUUGUCAAGUAUGCCCUUCACUCUGAGAGAGGCCUCCGGGAUGUAUUCGCGGGACGAAAGUUCUACAAUACAGGAGUAGGAGACGAGGAAGGAUAUGACACCUACCGCAAAUUUCUAUUUCGCGGCCGAGAAGAUGCAGAACUAGAUUUUAAGAGGGUAGAGGUUGAGCUUACCAUAAUGUAUGAUGACCUCUUCACGAAAGCCGGGGUGAUUCAAACAAGGCUUGGCACCGUCCUUCGGUGUGUCUCCCUCAUCUCGACAAUGCUUGCCUUUGUGCUCUUCAUCAUGAUGAGGGCCAAGCAAAGGUAUGGAUAUACCGGAGUCGAUGCCGCAAUAACCUAUGUGUUAUUCAUCGGAGCAUUUUGCUUGGAAGCUUGUGCGGUCAUGGUUGUGAUCAUGUCGCCGCGGGCAUGGGCAAUCUUGGAAGCUCGAUGUCCAAGGCUCGGUCGAGUAUCCUGGUAUGUCUUGGUAAGAAUGCAGCCAAAGACCAGGCCAUGGUGGUCAAACUCCAUAGGGCAGUACAACUUGUUGAACUCCUGCAUGGCUGACAAGAAGUCGAGCACCGUAAUCGCAAAGAUGAUAAGUGCGGUUGGAGCUACUGAUCUCUGGAACAACAUUCGACACACCAAACAUGUCAAAGUCACAACAGGGACCAAGAAGCUCAUCCACCAACUAAUCAGUUGGGAGUGGAACAGGCCGGUGGAGGGUCUCCACAGGUUGGGGCAGCAUUUGAGCCAUGACUCAAUGCGCCGAUUUAAACCACUAUUCAAGUUGCCCUUCGAGGAGGCCCUGUUUGUGUUACAUGUUUUGACAGACGUGAUGAUAUAUAGGGCUGGCAUGCCAGUGUAUAAUGAGACUGGCAUCACUGAAGAGAUGCAAGGCCUUAUGGACACAUGCAAGGGGAUGUCUGACUACAUGUUCUACCUGUUGGUAGAGAACCCUGACAUGCUGCCCGUCAGCAGCAGAGCAAGGGAUUUACUGACACAAGCCUUUGAGAGCCUCAAGGCUAGCUCUCCUUCCAGCAAGGAGCAGUUUCUUGAAGAGUUUUCUUCCAAGGGCCAUGGCAUCCUCACGGAUGCAAAUCAUGAUAAGAUCCACAUCCUCUUCCAGAAGUCGCAUAGAUUGUUGAUGGAGCUAGGUUUCCAUGAAGCUUUCCAAAUGCUUGGGCAAGUGUGGGUACGGCUGCUCGUCUACGCCGCCGGCAAGUCCCGGCCGGAGGAGCACGCCCGGCGGCUGAGCAUGGGAGGAGAGCUGCUCACCUUCGUUUGGCUUCUCAUGGCGCAUCGGGAGCUCGGAGACGUGUGUUAUGAGGUCAAUCUUAUACAAACAAAACAGAGUGGUGUAUUUCUCUUCGAUUGAUAAACGGCAAAGAAUUACUCCCUCCGUUCAUAAAUACUUAAAAUACUUGUCGUGGUUUUAGUGCAAAUUUACACUAAAACCACGACAAGUAUUUAGAAACGGAAGGAAUACUUCACUAACCCUCCGGAACUGAACUUAAUGACUCAAUUGUCUACGAGAUGUACGACUGCAAUUGGUGGCGGUGUCUUUUCCGUGAUCUCCCCUUUCUUUGCUAAUCAAUUUGGUCUUGUAGCUCCAUUAUAGUUUGUAUUAUUUGUUUGAAUUCAAUAAAC